AUGUUGCUGCGUCAAGGAGAACUCAAUGCGGGCUGCACUUCGAGUUCAACUGAAGUGGCGGCCCCCAAAGAACGCCUUCAGUGGCCCGAAGAGAUGGAGAUCGCUAAGGGCGAGGUGUGGAGGCCAUCCCCGGCACGACGCUCCCACGUCCCUAACGACUCGGAUAACGCUAUUGGCGCGGCUCAGCAGCAAGAGGUCAACGGCGUCCACGUGCCGCUCGUGUUCCUCUCACGCAAGCUCAGCCCCACGGAGUAUAGUGCCUUCGGGAAGUAUAGUGCCUCCGUCGCGACGUACUCUGCGGUGCGCCAUUUUCGUCAUUCCUUGGAGGGCAGAAGUUUUACCGUUUCAACCGACCAUAAGCCACUUGUCGAUGCUUUCUCAUCCGCCAGCACAAAGUACAGCCCUCGCGAGAUUAAGCACCUCGCUUAUAUCUCUGAAUUCACCACUGACAUCCGCCAUAUCAAAGGGCCCAGUAAUGCUGUAGAGGACGCCUUGAGUCGUGUUCACGCUGUGACCAGAGCGACAGUCCUCAGCGCCGACGCCAUCGCCCAUGCACAAUCUGAAGACUCUGAGAUCGCCCACCUUCGUAGCGGUCAUUCAACAAGCCUCAAACUUGCCAAAGAUUUGCCCGUGCCUGGCUGCCCGCGGCCCGUCCUGUGCGACACGACCAAUGCCGCGCUACGUCCAGUAAUUCUCGCUGCCUUGCGGAAGAUUGGUUUUGACUCCUUCCAUGGCCUCGCACACCUUGGAGUCCGCGCCUCUACGGCAUUGGUUCUUCAAUGGUUUGUUUGGCCCGGAGCACGACAGGACAUCCGUCGUUGGGUCCGCACAUGCAGUCCUUGCCAGCUGAGCAAAUGCCACAGGCACACCGUGUCUCCUCUUGCCACCUUUCUGCCUCCCAGCUCCAUGUUCAGCAAGGUCCACCUUGACAUUAUUUCGUGCUUUGGCGUCCCAGAGGAUGUCAUCACAGAUAGGGGACCACAGCUUGAGAGCCACCUCUUCGCAGCUUUCCUGCGCCUCAUCGAGACCGAGCGUAUACGCACUUCCGCGUACCGUCCGGCAUGCAACGGCCUGGUGGAGCGUUUCCACCGUUACCUCAAGCAAGCCGUGAUGGCCCACGGUGACCGUGUGAGCUGGACGGAUAGCCUGCCGUCCAUCCUCUUGGGCAUCCGUGCGACAGCUAAUGUCGAUCUUUGCUGUUCGUCGACGGAGCUGUUCACUCCGACCCGAGCAGUAGCAUCACCAGCUCCCUUCGUGCCCUCUGAAUUGUCGUCGACGCCCGACGUCUUCCUUCGGACGGACCGCCUUCGUCGCGCGCUUGAGCCUCCGUAUUCCGGUCCUUACAAGGUUCUCCGCCGUUCACGCAAAUCGUUUGUGAUCGACGACUACGGUCGGCCUGAAUCUGUCUCCAUCGACAGGCUGAAGCCUGCCUUCAUCGACAACGCUCCUCGCGUUUGUACCCUCUCCGGACCCAGCUUUCCAGCAUCUCCUACGUCCGUGCCAGUGAAGCACGUCACCUGGACAGAUUCCGUACCCCAUGCUAACCGCGAUGCUAACCCUCCUGUACCGUCGAUGCUCUGA